AUGACCUCCCCCCUCCCACCACCCACCCCAAACCAACCCUACGUAACCGUCUCCCCAAUCCCAGGCGGCUUCAUCACCCUCGCCGACCACUUCUUCAUCCACCCAGUAGCAGACCCCUCCGCCAAACGAACCGUCCCCUCCCUAACCUUCCUCAUCACGCACCCAGGAACGGAAGCCUUCUCCUCCAACAGCACCAAAAAACCCUUCCACCUAAUGUUCGACCUCGGCCUCCGCAAAUCCCAAUCCCGCUACCCACAAGUCCUGCAGAAACACAUCGACGGCCGCGCGCCGUUCCAACUCGAGCCGGGCGUCGCGGCGCAGUUGCGGGAGGGAGGAAUGGAGCCGGGCGAGGUGGAUUUGGUGAUUUUGAGUCAUGUGCAUUAUGACCACCACGGGGAUCCUGAGGAUUUCCCCAACGCCCUCUUCCGCGUCGGUCACGGCGCCUUGGACGUGCUUAAGUAUGGACUAGGCGGCACGGCGAGCCAUCAGCAUUUCGUCCCGGAUACUUUGCCCUCUGAACGAACCGCUGAGCUCUCCGAUCCCGAGGGAUGGAAACCUUUAGGCCCCUUUCCCGCGACGCUGGAUCUUUUUGGAGAUGGAUCGGUGUAUGUGAUCGAUACGCCGGGGCAUUUACCGGGCCAUGUGAAUUUGCUGUGUAGGAUGAAGGAGCGAUGGGUUCUGCUCUGUGGGGAUGCGUUCCAUGAUCGGAGGUUGUUGACGGGGGAGAAGGAGAUUGGGACGUGGGAGGGGGCUGGUGGGGAGACGAUUUGUAUUCAUGUUGAUAAGGAGCUGGCGGGGGAGAGUAUUCGACGGUUGAGGGAGUUCGAUCGACUCACGGGUGAGGAGUGUGAGUUGAUUGCGGCGCAUGAGGAGGUUUGGUUGGAGAGGAAUAGGGAGAAGAUCUUCCCUGGAGUUCUCUGA